AUGUGGGACUCCAAGAACCCUGCCCUCCACCACCAUGCUCGUCUGACAAGCCCGAGCUCGGCAGGGCAGGAAGGGCAGAGGCAGCACCUGGGAUGGAGGGAGGCGAAACUUCGGAUAACAGACAAGAUGCAUCUUGACACCAGUGACUUCAUUCCCUCUGGAAAAGCCUCUCCCAUCUCCUUCAGCGCCUCCUGCUCCCCUCUGAUACAUGGCUCCAUGAGGAGUGUGAUGGUGGAACCGACAUGCUCUGCCUUACAUCUGGAGAAUGGCUGUUUGCGAGCUGAUGGUGGUCAUGAAGCUGUUGAUCAAAGAUACCUUUGGCACCUCGCUCCUCAGUCUCCGUCUUCUGUCAUGAGCUAUGAGGUGAACAUCCUCGAAGUCAUCAACGACUACACGAGGAAGAAGUGUAUGGAAACGACGGCUGUGCCCCCUCUACAGUUCCAGAGCGAACAUCUCAAUGCGAUGCAAGAUGUUGCUUCUUGUGAACUUCCCGAUCUAGACUACAACGCGACGUCGAGCAGCAUGUUGGAUGUAACGCAAGACAGAUCUCAACACAUGAUCAACAUGGCUGCCUUGCCUGAACCAGCUGGGCAUGUGGGCGAUGGUCUGGUCAGACGACUUCGGGCAGCCUAUGAGGCUGUCAUGGAGGACGGAGCAGAAGAUUGCAGAGAAGCCUGUCAUCUGAUUUGUGAAGAUGUUGUCUGCAGAACUCUCUUGUCCCCUGUUGUGGAGACUGUCAAGAGAGCUGUUGAGGUUGCUGAUCGCGACAUCAGCAGCUCUUGCGAGCUGGGCGGUAUCGAUGUCUCAACUUGCUCGGCACCUCCCGAGUGCUAUGACGGGAUGGUUGGAUAUCUGAAGAAGAUCGUGACAAGAAGCAUCGAUCACAAGAGCAAGAUCACGGACGAGCUGAAAUCAGCCGACCGAGCACACAACGGGACUGACCGGUUCGAGUCCUUGUUGAUGCAAGCUAAGGCGUAUCGCAAAUCCAUCGAUGUCUUGUCACAAGAUAUCAUGUCAAAGAAUCAGGAAAGAGAAAGCAGGCAUGACGAUCUCUGCACGAAGAUCUCCAACAUCUUCGGAGCUCAGGGGCAUGCAAGCAGGAAGGAGCAACUUGACCUCCGGGCAACGAGGAUACACAAAGAGACGAUUCGCUCUCUGGAGGCUCUAGACCAGAUGGAGAAAUCUCUUGUUCAGGUGAAUUUUCAGAUCAAAGAUAUCCUCCAGACCAUUCAAAAGAAUAUCCUCGAACUGGAGACAUGGCAGAGCAAGUUGUUGUCGGCUGAGAACAUGGAGACCCAGCUCAAGGAUUGCAAAGUCAAGUACGAGGAGUCGAAGAUGAUGGGGAUGCAAGAGCUGAAGAACAAGUUGGAUGAAGUUCGAGAGGCGAAAGCUCGCAUGCAGAAACGGGCCUCCGCUAUUCUUGACACCAUCGAGAGGAUUCAGAGCAGCAAGUCACGAGAAGUCAUUGCGUUGGAAUUCAGUGAACGACUCAAACAUUAUCAAGACGUUUCUCUACUCAACAGGAAUCUUCAAGUGCAGUACAUGCGAGCUCAAAGGAUGCACUCAGACUGGGAGGCUGCAGGAAACUGCUGUGUCUCAUCCUCGUCCUCGCCGUGUCUGGAGCUUGUGGCGGAGGACGGCAAGUUCUCCAACAUCAUCGGCGACGGAGCACCGCUCAGCAUGCAAGCUGUUCUGGUUGAAAUCGAUCCAGAGGAAAGUGAGAACGAGUCCUGGGAGGAGAUGAUGGAGAGGAACCACUCAAGCUCGAUCAAGGUUGUCAUCAAGGGGGACAUGGAUGGGCUCAUGGAUGUCUCAAACUGCAUGGGCUUGCAACUCUGCCUUGUGGACAACGCGUGGGCAGCCUCCAAGUCGCUCGAGUACGCUGCCUCCGAUUCUUCCCUCAUCAUCCUCUCCACCGCCGACUCUUCCUGCGAAUGGAUCGCACAGGAGAACGUGCGCGUGGAGGAGACCCGCGAGCAUCUGCUGUGCCUCCGAGGCCUCAAGGUAGAUCAGAACAUCAGCACCACAAUCCGCAUCCUCUCCUCCCGCACAGGCGAGGUGCUGUCCGAGCAUUCGAUCAGGGGCCAGAGGCUGGCAGGGAUGGACGACCCGGAUCUGUACAAGGAGGAGGAGAGGAGAGACGAGAGGGAGGAGGAGGCGCUGGUGGUGUACAGGAAGACAAACUUGCGCGCUAACUGCGGGAAGGCGAUAAGGGUUGAGUUUGUUGCUAAUUGCACAUCCCUGUCCGUCAAGAUCAUCUUCUGUCCUGUUCGAGCUGGGCAGCAGAUUCACAUCGGCUCGAUCGAGCUGAGCCCGAAGAUGUCGUCGGGGCUCGAGUGUGAUCUGGACUUGUUGUAG